AUGCCUAAGAGAGGACCUCGUUCGGCCCAUUCGCAUCACAUGCUCGACACACGCCUCCAUGAACCAAGAUCUGCCUCCUCGCAAGCGCUGGCCAUCGCCUCAAUGAUGACGGAUUCGGAAGAAGCAAGUGCAACGUCUUCUGAUGCGGGAAUUCCCACCCGUCUUGUGGCCUUCCGGUGCUUCGAACACACCUGGCACCGUCUCCGCUGGAAGCUCAUCGGCCUCAGUGAUUCAUAUCGUCGCACUUCAAUACCCUUGGCCUCUGGCUUCACAUUGAAAGACGCAGAGCGUAAUUUUAAACUGGAUUUUGAAGGAUUUUAUGCGUUAAUUGAACAGGCUAUUGUCAAUUUACUACACAUUUUCAGGGUCUCCGUGCAAAGGCAGAGAAGUAAACCAAAAAUUGGUGGACUUCCGUUGAAUGGAUGGUCACGUCACUCUUACCAUCACGACGUGUUGAACGCGCUGGAUGAAAAUGGUUCACUGCGCGCUACUCUAGGAACAGGAAGUGUGAAUCAGGCGUUGUGGCAGGCGAAAGAAUUGAGAAAUAGAUGGAAGGACCCGGGAGAGUCAGAGGAGGUGUCGUCGAGGAUGUAUGAUAUGCGAUGGAUUGUGAUGGAAAUAAUGGGGGGGUUGGAAGCUGUGUAUGCUAUUGCUCUGAAGGAGGUUGAGAUUCCGAUGGGGAAGCAGCGCGAGCUUCGACAGGCAGGCGGGGGCGACACUUUUGCAUCGACCGUACCAAUGCUAAGCCUAUAUAUCUGCCUCAAGUAUGGCCACGACCGCAGGCAGCCCUGCCCAAUCUUCGAAUGUCAACACAUCUUUGAUCACGCAAGCAGCGUACUCAGCAAUGAGCGCUCGCAGGCUGCAGUCUUGCAUGGCGCAGUCGUCAUGCACAAAGCGAACUACCGAUUCGAAAUCGCGAACAAAGCCUGA